AUGUCAAAUCACGAAGAUACGCAAUGUCUGCCCUGUGUGAGCGAAAACACGGACGAUAAUAACGCGCACACAGAAGACAUACAACCCGUCAGCGAAACGACGGAUACCACCAUCAACCGGAGCGCACAGAUACAAGGCCUUAAAGGAGAAAGAGCGCAAGAGAAAUCCAGCGUUACGCGUUCUAUAACAAAGCUAAACAAACUAAUAAAAAACCGGGGGAGUCGAACGCUAAUCAGAGCUUUGGUCACGAAAAUAGAAAACCAAGUCCAGAGCGCGGAUUCCUGUAACCGCAAGCUUUACGAACUUCUACCCGAACAGGAACACGAAUCUAUCGAAAAAUGGUUCGUGGAAAUGGCCGAAAAGCCAGACGAAACUGUGGCAAAAGCAUACGAACACCUUGACGAACGCGAAGAUGAACCCCCCUCCGUCUCGGGAUUAGGCACGCACGCAAAAUCGACCACGUCUUCUACCUCGAAACUUUCAGCACGAGCAGCCGAAGCCCGACGAAAAGCGAAGCUUGCACAACUGAAAACCAAACAAAUAGAAGAUGAAUCGAUUCGGCGAAAGGAACUUGAGCGCAUCGAAAGAGAACGACUUGCUAAGUUCGAACAAGCCAAACUCGAGCACGAUCGUCUUGCCAGAGAAGAAACCGAGAGGCGUCGCAUACAAGAAGCGAGAGAUCAUGCGGCACAAGCCGAACUUGAGGCUAGAUUGAUCGAGGCUGAGGCUGAAACAGACGGUUCUGGUAGUUCAGACGAUUUGAAGAAAAGACUUUGCGAUUUUAGCGAGGAUUAUCGAACUCCUGCUGAGACCGGAAAUAAGAUACGGGAACUCGGAAAUAAGCUGCCGGAAGUCGGAAAUACCCCCAAUCCAAAGGUGAUAAACGAUAAUAAAAACACUAACGAAUUAAGCGAACUUUUUCGAGAAGAUCCAGAGGAAAAGGCAAAAUCUACCGCUUCAUGGAUUGCCAAUCUACCAUCGACGACGAACGAGAAUCGACUUACCGAACCAAUGACCGCACCUAUAUCAUACCACAAAUCUAUACCAAAACUUACGCUUACGAAGUUCGACGGUGAUCCUCUAAAGUGGACAGAUUGGCUCGGUAUGUUCGAAGCAAUCAUUCACCGGUCGGAGAUGUCACCCUUCGAGAAAAUGACCCACCUUCAACAGAACGUUGUAGGAAAGGCGAAAUCCGUAAUCGCCGGCUUUCGCUACAACGGGAACCUUUAUCACCGAGCGUUGAAGUGUUUGGAAAACCGCUUUGGAAAACCUCAUAUCGUAGUCCAAGCCCAUCUUGAUAAGCUUUCGAAAGUGGCACCAGUUGCGGAGGACGACGCUGGUAGUGUUUCAGCAUUCUCCACCGUAAUUAACAAUAUUGUUUGGACAUUCCAGGACCUGGGCUACCUAGAUGACUUGAAAGCUGCGAGCAACGUCAAGUCUGCCAUUGAGAAACUACCAUCGCCCAUGAUUUUGAAAUGGAACGAACAUUUAAUACGAAAUAAGAUCAUACGCCCCACGCUGAUUACCCUCGGAGAUUG